AGAUAGAGCGAGCGCAGUGACAAGACCUCCUCAUUACGUGCUAUCACAUUCACUGCGAUAUGGAUCAACGAAAGACAAAACAAUUGCGGAAAUAAGACGAGGAAAAAAGUCAAAGUCUGAUACAGUGAAACCAAGGAUUGCCAUUCGAUCACGUUAGCGCUUGAUGAUAAUCAUAGGCGCAAAAUCCGUUCGCUGGCCCUGGUUUCAAAGCGUACAAAGUGGAGGUUCGCUCUUGGAAGUCUACUAAACUUUUGUUUAGCUUUUUUUGCAUCCUAACGUGGUUUAAACAUUUUCUCUCGGUUAAAUUGUGGAUUUUAAAUACAGAGUACGCGGGGAACCAAUAGCCUAUAGUGUGGAUUUCCAUAUUUGUUUAACUUUUUUGUUGUUUUAUUUUAUUAUAUAUCCUCGGGGAAGAAGAGACAUUCAAGAAGUUGAUUUUAGUGGAUUUAACGCAGAUGCUUCGGUCUUGAAGGACAGAAUGGGAUUGUUACUUUGACCCAAGAUAUAUCAAGGAUCAUUCAUAUUCAACUGGUUCACAUUUUAAUUUGUUUUUAGAGCCCAAAACAUCCAGAUUGUUCUGUAACCCUCACCGCAACACACAACUGGAAUUCACAAUCAUGAACUUUGUUGUUUAUCUGGUACAAUUAUUUUUUGCGGCACUCCUUCAUCUCUUUGCUGUAAAGAGUAACUUGCCCAACACUGGUGCAAUCCCUGGGGUCGAACCCAUGACUUUGGCAUUGUUAACCACUGAGCUAACAGGAAAGCAUAUCAACGAAAUGCGCUAUCAAGAUAAUAGCCUAUAAUGGGAUUACUUUACAAGGCUGCCUACAUACCCAAAGAGGGAGGGAAGAGCAAAAAUGAUGUAAUUCCCUUCAUGGACGUGUACAAAAAAAGCGCGUGUAAAACACGAGAGGUGCUGGUGAACAUCAUUCAAGAGUAUCCUGACGAGAUCGAGCACACAUACAUCCCAUCCUGCGUGGUUCUAACGCGUUGUGCAGGCUGCUGCAACGAUGAGGCGCUCGAGUGCAUCCCUACAGAGACACGUAACGUCACCAUGGAGGUAUUACGGGUUAAACAGAGAGUAUCACAACACAAUUUUCAACUGAGUUUCACAGAACACACCAGGUGUGAAUGCAGGCCAAAAGAAGAAGUCAAAGUGAAGAAAGAAAACCACUGUGAGCCUUGCUCAGAGAGAAGAAAGCGCUUGUAUGUGCAGGAUCCUCUCACCUGUAAAUGCUCCUGCAAAUUCAUACAAUUGCAAUGCAAGUCCAGACAACUUGAAUUAAACGAAAGAACUUGCAGAUGUGAAAAACCGAGAUGAUAAGUUGAUCGCUGGGCAGAACUGAAGUGAAGGAAUAUUCUUACAGCACAGCACUUUUUUACCAUGAUAAUUCAUUCCCUGGGCGAACUGAAACCAGAGUAUGAGACAAAGUGAAACAAGGGCAGCAGAAAUGAUCCCAAUGUAUAUUUUUGAAAUAAUAAUAUAUGAAUAUAUAGUAUAUACCAAUAUAUAUUAAAUGACAAUGACGAAGUGUGUGGCUGCUAUCAUCUAAAUUUCUAUAAGCAAACGAAAACGCUACACGGCGUAUGAACAGGAUAUAACAGGAUAUGCACCUUGGCCUGUGAUUGGACAAGUGUCAGAGGGGUGGACAAAACAACACGUCGUAAUGCUUCCCUGGAACACACCACUGUGGAUUCAUACUUAAAGACUAAAAUCGAGCUAUCAGGACUAAGAAAACAUUGGCCACCUCCCCUCCACACUUUUAUAUGAACAUUUUUGGACUAACAUACAAAUGAGGGGAAGUGUCAUAAUAAAGACUUUUUUUUCAGACUGCUCGGCACGGGAUAUAAAUUCAGAACUAUCUAUUUUUGUGAUCUUAGUCAAAAGAUAUCUGUACAUCUGUACUGACUAACAUCCAAUAGGACUUGGUGUGAUAAUACUAAAGGGAUAUUAAAUGUAGGUAUAUAUAGACAUUGGAGAAAAGUUGACAUACAAUGUGACAUACAAUAAAAAAUGUCACACAGCUCACUACAACUGAAUUAUAACAAUUUCCAAAGAAAAUAAUUGCACAUCACUUUAGGAACUGUCAAUUACCAACGAUAUCUAUAUAUAUACAUUAUAUAAUAUCCCUUUUUUUAGUACACUACAUUUAAUUUAUAAUUUUAGAAUAUGCUCAGUAUUUUGUGUAUUUAAUUUGGUCUAUUUAUAUACAGUGUUAUUGUUAAUAUCGCUUUUUCUUUGUUUCCUAUCGACAUUGUCACCAAUCUGAAAAACUGUAAAUGGAGAGAGAAAGGAAAGACAAAAGAUAGCUGACACUACAACAUUCCUGAAAGCGUGUUUUGUAGUUUGAACAUUUUUGUAUGAUUUUAAACGAGAACCCACAGCUGUCAUUUCAUGAUUAAAGAGCAAAACAAACCACAACAAAACAUUCUUCUGUGAAAGUGCCUGAAUUUUUUGUUUGAUUUUGUUUGUUUGUGUACAGCCUUCUUAUUAUAUUUAUUGGUGCUGUUAAAUAUUAACAUCUUUUCUGUGUUUUUAGUAUGACUAUUAAACAUAUUUAUUUUCAAAUGAUAUUGUUUUUUAUUAAAGUAAA